AUGAGCGGACACGGAGCCGUGCGCGCGAGCGCGAGCGUGCCCACGAAAUUGGCGCAGCGGCGGGUGAGAAACAAGACGACGACGCGCGCGGCGACGAAGACUGCGGGACCGCCGGCGAAUUUGGAACGACUGCGGAUCGAGACGCCGUGGGAUCGGGCGAAGGAUGCGCUGAAGAGAGACUUUGGCGCCACGGAGGAGGAGUUGAAACGAGCGGAAGCGCUCUCGGAUGAGGACUUGAGCAAGGCGUAUUACAUGAUGCAGUUGUGCCGAGACUUUGAAAACGAGUGCAACCAGGCGUACAUGGCGGGGAAGAUUCGAGGUUUCAUGCACUUGGACAACGGUCAGGAGUCAAUUCCGGCGCUGUUGAACGAUGCUAUUCGUAAAGAUGACCUGAAGCACUCGUACUACCGCGAUCACUGCCACGCCAUCGCGUGCGGCGUUGAUAGCGGAGCCGUCAUGGCGGAGCUCUUCGGGAAGGAUGGUGGCACGUGUCGCGGUACCGGUGGGUCCAUGCACGUGUACGACAUGGAUACCAACUUCCAAGGUGGGUGGGCGCUCGUUGCCGAGCAGCUUCCGUACGCGGUCGGCGCGGCGCGAUCCAUCGUCCUCGACAAGAUGCUCGGACGCGACGACGCGCAGGACCGCAUCACCGUCGUCUUCGUCGGCGAAGGUGGCGCCCAAAACGGACGCAUGGCAGAGUGCCUGAACGCCGCAGCGAAGGAAAACCUUCCGAUUCUUUUCUUGGUCAUCGACAACGGUCGCGCCAUCAACACGUUCACCAAGGAUGUCGCGGCGAACCAAGAAGUUUUCAACCAAGGGAAGCAUUACGGCGUCCCAGGCGUGCUCGUCGAUGGUCAAAACGUUCAAGAUGUGCUGAAGGUUGGUCGCACUGUGAUCAACCACGUGCGUACGAAGGGUCCAGCUAUUUUGCAAGUGCACACGUUCCGCUUCAACGGUCAUUCACCGGCAGACCCGGAACACGAGCGCAACCGCAAGGAUGAGAAGCGCUGGGCGCGAGCUGAGUGCGACCCGAUUAAGAUUUUCGAGAAUUCCGCCGAUGCCGCGCGCAUUGAUCUCAAGAAGGAGACAGAGCGCGCCAAGGCUGAGACGCAACGCGCGCUCGCGUUUGCAGACGCGUCUCCACCGCCGCCGCCGGGCCUCGCCGCGGAGCUUGAGUACCCAGAUCCGAGCGGGGCUGUCGAUUACUCGGCACGUGAACCGGUUGAGGGCCUCGAAUCUGCGCGAACGGUGACGGAAAAGAUCAUUCCGGCCGAGACGCUGAAGUUGCUCGAGGCGCGCAUCGAGGCGCUCCGCGCGAUGUGCACCGAUCCGCGAGGUAUUUCCAUCGGCGACGCAGUGAACCUCGCCAUUCUCGAGGAGAUGUUGCGUGACCCAACGACAGUCGCGCACGCUGAGGAUCUUCAAGCCGGUUCAUCUUACAAUAUUCCUGCCAACACGCAACAAGCUUUCGGCACGCUUCGUGCGGCGGAUGAGAUCAUCGACGAGGGUCACUUCAUGGGUAAGGCGCUUGGCGAGGCGAUGAAUGGUUACCGCCCCAUCGUUGAGCUCAUGAAUGCCAACUUUGGUAUUUACGGUAUGGCGGAGCUCUCCUCCGCCGGAAACACGUAUGCCACGACGGGCGGUCAGUUCAAGAUGCCGAUGACGGUCAUCGGUGCCGGGGGUACGGCCCCGAACCAAUCUCUCGGUGCCGAACACUCUCAGCCCUUCCACGCCUACAUCAUGGGCAUCCCGGGUCUGAAGAUUUGCUCGGCGAGUAAGCCUCAGGAGGCGUACGGUUUGGCCAAGUCUAUGAUUCGCGACAACGGCCCAGGCGUGCUCUUACUUCCGGUGAAGAUGAUGAAAUCUCGCGGUCCGGUGAUCCCUGAUUCUUUCCUCCCCCUCCACAAGUCCACCGUCCAUCACCUCGCGAGCGACGAGGCGGUGAAGAAUGAAAAGGCUGUUACCAUCGUCACCUACCUCCACGGCGUGAAGGAGUGCGAGGAAGCCAUGGCAGAGCUCGCCCAAAAGGGCAUCGACGCCGACUUCAUCGAGCUCACGUGCCUGAAGCCGGUGGACUGGAAGACGAUCCAGACCUCGCUCGAGCGCACGCACAAGCUCGUCAUCCUAGACGAGUCCACCAGAACCGGCGGUGUCGGCGCCACGCUCUCCGCCAUCGUCUCCGAGAACUUAUUCGACGAGCUCGACGCCCCUGUGAUGCGUUUGUGCAUGGAAGACGCCCCCGUACCGUACGCCAGCGAGAUGGAGAAAACCGUCGUCAAGCGCGCCGCCGACUUGGUCGCCGCCGUGACGUACCUCAUCGAGAAGAAGGCGUGA